GGGAGGUUUUUAGCCAUUGAGUGAAUCCCUUCCCGAAUCCCUUUCCCCCUCUCCCCCCCUCCUCUUUGUUCUGAUGCGACACACAAGGAUACACUUUCUUGUCACAGUGCCGUUGAUCAUGACGCUGCUGCAGCAUGAGUCGUUGCGCAUCAGAGUCGCCCGCUGGCAGUUACAAGUGCUGAUGCCUUCAGCCUUCAGCGCCCAACCUCCACCAAUAGGGAGCACUUAUGUCAUGCCGGCAAUUGUGACCGAUCCCCAUGCUUUCUGGGACUUUGUAUGUCUGGGCGCGCAAGAUGCAGAACGACGGGCACCUCGGGGUGGAUUGCCGAAGAGCCAUGUUCGUUCAUGGGCAAGUUUUACCACUACCAUUGUCUGUAACACGGUCUGA